AUGAUAGUUGAUAAUCAAGCUAUAGAUAUAUUUAUGGACUUAAGUCGGUUUAAUUUCACAUUUUCUUUGUUCAAUACCAAAAAUACUAAUAAUAAUGACAGUGAUUCUAGUCAGGAUGAUAGCACUUCAACAGAAGAGAAUGGAAACAAUAAAGAUGUUUUGGUUGAAACGAUUGGUACAUUCGGUAUUUAUCACAUCACGGUGUGUUCUAGUGUUUACCUUGCAAAUAUACCGACUGGAUGGGUGCAAUUGGCAAUAAUCUUCUUUGCUCCACCAACAAAAUUUAUGUGUAUAAGUCCAACUAAUAUCACUGAUGCUUGCUCGAAAGAAUGUCUAACUGUAGAAUACGAUCGGUCGAUUUUCAUAGAAACGAUUGUUACUGAAUGGGACUUAAUUUGUGAUCGCGCAUAUCUAACGGACUUAUCACAAGCGAUUGUUAUGUUUGGCAUAUUAUUUGGAAGUAUAUUUUUCUCCCUAUGGUCAGAUAGAAAAGGGCGUCGUUUAACAUUUGUAUCAUCUGGUCUAAUUUUACUAACAUCAAGCUUAAUCACUUCGUUUGUACAUACAUUUUGGCAGUUCUGUUUACUAAGAUUUGUGACAGCUUUUGCACUCGGAGGCUUAAUAGAAACAAGCGCAGAGGUCAUUGAGGACAUAAUUGAAGAUGAUAAACGUGAAGCUGCUGAAAUACUUUCACAAAUUCCAUUCACUAUGGGUCAUGGAUCUUUACCUCUUUGUGCAUAUUUUGUCAGACACUGGCGUUAUUUCAAUUUUAUUUUCUCCGCGUUUUGCAUUAUAUAUGUAUUCUACACCUUCCUUUUUCCGGAAUCACCACGAUGGCUUUUUGAGCAAGGAAAUAUAGAGAAAGCAAUACGAAAUAUAAAGAGAGCUGCAAAGUGUAACAGAAAACAUAUUGACCGAAUACGAGAAAGAGUUAUAUUAUCAUAUAGUCAAAUACCAAAUCGCGCUAUAACUAGGACAGUAACAACAGCAGAUUUAUUUCGUUCGUCUGAUUUGCGCAAUAAUACCUUGAUUAUGUGUUCAGAAUGGUUUUGUAUUUGUUUUGUAUACUUCGGAGUAUCACAAUAUAUAGCAUUCUUGCAGGGCAACAUUUUUAUAAAUGUAGCAAUUGGUGCUUGGCUUACCCUACCAUGCACUAGUGCAUGUGUACCUUUGUCAAAGCGUCUAGGGCGGAAAUGUUUACUUAUUUGUACAACUGCUACUACUGGCAUAAGUUUACUGAUAUUUGCAUUGAUCACUUUAACUGGUUCCAUAAAAUUGAUGAUGCUGACAGUAGGUCUACUUACGUCAUGUAUGACCAUGCCACAAGUACACUUGUACGGCGGUGAAGUUUUUCCAAGGUAUAUUCGUCACGAAGGCGUUAGAGCUUGCUUUGUUAUGGGACGCUUGGGUGCGAUGUUGUCACCAUUUGUAGUUGAUUGGCGGGCUGCUGACUUCAUGUUACCAGCAUUGAUAUUAGGAAUAUUUUCUUUAACUAUUUCAUUUUUGUGUUUCUUAAUGCCGUCUGUUAAAAUCCUAAGUACAACACGGCGUAAUAAUGGUGAGAGUACUGGAGAUAUUGAAAGCAUUGAAAGUGUUAAAAGUAUUGAGCAUACGGAUAGUGUUGAAAGUACUGAGAGUUUUAAAAGUAAUGACACUGUUAAUAAUGAUGGGAAUGCUAAGAGUAUGAAAAAGUUUAAAGCAAAAGGAAAGUGAUAACCAUCAAGCUUAUUCAUAUAUUGU